AUAAAAUAGAUGAUUCUGAAUAUUACCGUGAAAUGGAUGAUUCUGAAUAUUACUGUAAAAUAGAUAAUUCUGAAUAUUACUAUGAAAUAGAUAAUUCUGAAUAUUAUCAUAAAACGAUGAAUGAUUUUGAAUAUUAUCAUGAUAACAAUUUUAAUCUAAAAACUGCAGGAAGUUCACUAACUCUAUCUGAAACUUCUUGUUUAUUGGCAACUACUAA